UUAACAGUCACAUGAAUCCCUCUUUCACAAUUUGAAUUAGCAGAGCAUGUGAAUGAAGCAGGACACUCACACAAGUCCUCUGUUCCCUUGUGAUAUAGUAUCAUAUAUCACCUCCCUCCACAUUCAUUUCUUGUCGUUUCUUUCUCCUUCCCUCUCGACUCUCGUGUUUUCUGGGAGACUGCAGACAGAACUACUAACACGGGCAUAUUUGUAUUUAUUUAUGUAUUAUUUAUAUAUGCUCAACUUAACACCCCCUUUCACACUCUAAGUCCAAUGGUGCAAGAUAUUCCAUCCUGUUGUCACAUAUUUUUCUUCCUUCUUCUUCUACUUCGCCCUUCUUCCGUUUCUCCUCUCUAUGAUGGGCCCCUAUAUGAUUUUACUGCUUACACUGAGUGUAAAGAACAUCCUGAGAAGCCACUUUACGGAGGAGGAAUCUUCAAAAGAGAGUCUCAGUACUCUCAAAGUGGUGCUGUUGUUGAAGAUAGAUUUGCCUCCAAAGCUGUCAAUGGCUACAUGCCUUCACUGCUUCUCAACAAUCUCACUCAGGCCACCAUCUACUCUUUUUCCAUAUGGGUGAGGGUUCAAGGUUCAAAUUCAGCUAUGAUAAGGGCCAGCCUGCAAGGGGAAAAAGAUGCAUUUGUUUGCAUUGGGACAGUUUCGGCUAAGAGUGGAUGCUGGUCGUUUCUGAAAGGUGGAUUUGUUCUGGAUUCACCUUCUAAUUUAUCUACAAUCUUCAUUCAGAAUGCUGGUGGUAAUGAUGUCAAUAUAGAUAUAGCAAGCCCCUCACUCCAGCCAUUUACCAAGCAGCAAUGGAGAAUCAAUCAAGAAUAUAUAAUUAAUCAUCAAAGAAAGCGUGCCGUCACUAUUCAUGUCUCAGAUGCUAAAGGAAUGAAAUUGCAAGGAGCUGCUAUCUCUAUAGAACAAAUCUCAAAAGACUUUCCUAUUGGAUCUGCCAUAGCAAAGACCAUUCUUGGAAACUUACCCUAUCAGAAUUGGUUUGUGAAGCGGUUCAAUGCUGCAGUCUUUGAAAAUGAGCUCAAAUGGUAUGCCACUGAGCCUCAUCAAGGCCAGGUCAAUUACACAAUUUCAGACCAGAUGCUGCAGUUCUUGAGAGCCAACAAAAUCAUAGCUAGAGGGCACAAUAUAUUCUGGGAAGACCCUAAAUACACUCCAGCAUGGGUUCUCAACCUUACUGGUAUUCAGUUACGAUCUGCGGUGAACUCCCGAAUACACAGUCUCAUGAACCAAUACAAAGAAGAGUUCAUACACUGGGAUGUCAGCAAUGAAAUGCUUCAUUUUGAUUUCUACGAGCAAAAGCUUGGACCUGAUGCCACAUUGCACUUCUUUGAGACUGCACAUAAGUCAGAUCCUUUAGCAACCCUAUUUAUGAAUGACUUCAAUGUUGUGGAAACAUGCAGUGAUGUAAAUUCCACUGUUGACGCUUUUAUCUCAAAGAUAAGAGAACUUCAACAAAAUGGUGUCUUCAUGGAUGGAAUUGGCUUGGAGGGUCACUUUACAACACCAAAUCCUCCCCUUAUCAGAGCUAUCUUAGACAAGUUGGCAACACUAGAUCUUCCUAUUUGGCUUACUGAGGUUGAUAUAAGCAAGACACUUGAUCAAGAUACACAGGCAAUUUAUUUGGAACAAGUGUUGAGGGAAGGCUUCUCUUAUCCUUCUGUGAAUGGGAUAAUGCUUUGGACUGCACUUCAUCCAAAUGGGUGCUACCAAAUGUGCCUCACAGACAAUGAUUUCAGAAACCUCCCAUCAGGUGAUGUGGUAGACAAACUUCUUGAAGAGUGGCAUACUGGUCUUGUAGAGGGAGUUGCAGAUAAACAAGGUUCCCACAGCUUUUAUGGGUUCUUGGGAGAGUAUAGAAUUAGUGUCAAGUAUGGCAACAGGACUACAAGUUCAACAUUCUCGCUCAGUGGAGGUGAUGAAACUAGACAUUUCACUGUUACAUUGUGAAACUUUUCUUUUAUGUAAGAGACUGCUAACUUAACUAGAAACUCUAGUUUCAAAUUCAAAUGCUAUCAUAGAUUAAUACAUCUUUGUGACGUUUGUUACAUUUUUGUUCUUCAUGCACACUAAAAUUUGUAUCCCUUUGUAAUUUGUAUUACUGUAUUAGUAUCCACACUUGCUGUUCAGCUUGGUUAUGAUACUAGAGCAAAUGUCAUAGCCAUU